GAUAGCAAAAUGCGGAAGUAAAUACAUGUGACAUAUUUUUUUUUACAUAAUAGCUAAAAUACAAUCUAGCUUCUUGAAAUAACAUGGUGGUAUAACUAGUUUUUUUUUUCAAGGCUUUGCUCAGUUGUCGGAAAUAUUUUUCAUGACAUGAUGUCAAAAAGAAUGAUACAGUUUUCAUCAUAUAAUUGCAUCAUAAAAUAAAUUCAUUCAUCAUAAAACUGUUACAAAAUUUUUUUAUUAAUCAUAAUAUUAAAAACAAUAGUGAUGCUUGAAGAAUUGAAAAAAAUUAUUUAAAAUGAAGGACAUCUGACCUAAGUGUAGGAUUGCUGCUCUUAUAGUGGAACCCGGCUUCUCCAUUCCACGUUGCAGCCUCCAACCGUGAUGGCUUCCAGGAAUAUUUUCCCAUAUUGGAGUUCUCUUUACGAGAUUUUUAUCAAGAAUUUUGCAAUUUAAUCAUUAGAGAUGUAAUUGAUUACUUCACUGUUAUGUAUUAACUUAACUUUACUCACGACGACGUUUAAAUAAUUAAUCAAGUAAUUUAUGGAUACAGAAUAUUUACUCAGUCUUCGCUCAGAAUAUGAUUAUUCCUCUUUGACAUUCGAAAGAAAGUUUCCAAACAAGUUAUCUUCAUUGAGAGAUAAAAGAUAUUAAUAAUUUAAAAAAAUAAUAAUCGAUUUAAAAAAAUGGAGCAAUAUAGUCAAAAAUGGUGAGAGUCAUGAAAUUCAAUUCCGCUUUUCCAUUCCUUUCACUCCUUUAAAAAGCUUUCGCGUCCCACCCUCCGGGAAUCAUGGUCUUGUUCAACUUAUUACAUCAAUGGGAGACUGGAGAAUACGAGUGACCCACAUCAAACUGCUAUAGGCAGUAUGCGAAACUAGUAGAGAGCGAAGAUAUUUGUACUUUCAUUUGAUAACUUGCUUCUUCAAACUGCUCGCUUUGCUCAACUCCUUAUUCCGAACUAUUUUUUACGUCCACUCAUCCAAGUGAUUCUUGUGAGUUCCCAAUUCAUUAAACACAAAAAAAUACUACGGAUUUACUGAUUUUUUUUUAAAUUCAUUGUUUUAUUACUGAAUGAACAUCAACAAUGUUAUUUACAGUUUUUUUAUUCCUACCAUUAAGUGUCAGCGGGAGUUUCGGUGGAGAAUAUAAUAAAAAUGAUUGUGCACUUAUAUUAGAAGGAACGAAAAAAACUGAUGCCUAUGACUACACUUAUAAUCUUCUUCGAGGAAAUUUACCAUUUGUUUCUGAUACAAAUGAUUGUAUUACUUAUGAUGCUAUUAAUGAAGCUUACCACGAAGCAAUUCAAAAAAUCAAUGUUGCUCAGCCCUACAAUGAUAAAUGGAGAGCUGAAGACUUGGCUACUGUUGGAGAGCUUUUACUAGACAUUUCUACCACAUUAGCUAAUAGGUAUGGGUUAACCAAAGAUAUGAUAGAAAAAGGUCUUCCAUUAAUCGAUACUUCAAAAACGCUCAUCCACAACGUUUGCCCAGGAUUUCUAAAAGCUGUAGAAUGUAAACCUGGAAAAUAUCGUCGGUUCGAUGGUCUGUGUACUAAUACAGAUCAUCCGAAUUGGGGUUCAUCACUUGCUCCUUUUGCAAGAAUUAUGCCACCUGCUUUUGCGGAUGGAAUUAGUGAACCAAGAAUGUCAAUAACAGGUGAUCGUCUACCGUUGUCACGAGUUGUGUCAAGAACUAUGCAUCCAGAUCAUGGUUAUCAUGAUCACGCUGGUACAAUCAUGGUUAUUGCCUGGGGCCAGUUUAUGGAUCAUGAUUAUACUCUUACAGCUACUCCACUUGAUCCUUUAAAUCGUAAUGAUCCUGAAGAAUGUUGUGAUCGUCCACCACAUUCAAAAAAUCCAUACUGUUAUGAAAUAGAAAUUCCUGCUGAUGAUUAUUUUUAUCGUUUAUUUAAAAUUCGAUGUCAGAAUUUCGUCAGAGCAUUUCCUGCAGUACGACCAGGCUGUCGCCUUGGAUCUAGGAUUCCUUUUAAUCUUCUUACUGGAGUACUUGAUGGUAAUACAAUCUACGGAAUUUCUGAAGACUUUGCUAGGAAGCUUCGAACGGGAUAUGAUGGUCUUUUAAGGAUGAAUCCGGUCUUUUCUGAGUAUGGAUUAAAGGAUUUACUUCCUCUGAAACUUGACAUUCCGGAUGAAGGAUGUACUAGACCCAAUAGCUCAAUGUACUGCUUUGAAGCUGGUGAAAUUCGUGUUAAUGAACAAUUAGUUUUAACCUGCAUGCAUACUCUGAUGGCUAGAGAACAUAAUAAAAUUGCUAAAGAACUUAUCAAUGUGAAUCCACAUUGGGAUGAUGAAACUCUAUUCCAAGAAGCACGACGCAUCACAAUAGCUGAAAUACAGCAUGUCACAUACAAUGAAUUUCUACCUAUUCUCCUUGGCGAAGAAACUAUGCAUAAAUUUGGUCUCAUUCUUGGUAAAGACGGAUAUUGGGAUGGAUAUGAUCCAAACGUGGAUCCCAGUGUAAUUGAUGCUUUUGCUGCGGCUGCUUUUCGAUUUGGUCAUUCUCUACUCCCAACUGUGGUUGAAAGAUGGAGUAAAGGUCAUACAUAUAUUGCAUCAAAAAGAUUAUCUGAUUUAAUCCGUCGACCAUGGGAUUUAUAUCGUGCUGGUGUGAUAGAUGAAUACUUUAUAGGACUUACUAAUCAAGUAGCUCAAGCGAUGGACGAAUCAAUCACUCAGGAAGUUACUAAUCAUUUAUUUAAAAAAGUUGGCGCGAAAUUUGGAAUGGAUCUAGUGUCUUUCAACAUGCAACGGGGUAGGGAAUUCGGUAUCCCAAGUUAUAUGGAAUUUAGAAAAUUAUGUGGACUUCCAGUGGCAAAGACUUUCGAUGACCUUUUAGGCUUUAUGCCUAAUGAUACUGUUAGACGUUACGCUUCAAUAUUUCAAUACCCGGCUGAUAUAGAUCUCUGGUCAGGGGGUGUUUCUGAACGACCACUACCUGGCAGUAUGUUAGGACCUACCUUUUCAUGUGUAAUAGCUACCCAAUUUAGUAAUUCACGCCGGGGUGAUCGGUUUUGGUAUGAGUUACCUAAUCAACCCUCUUCGUUUACGCUUGAUCAACUAAAUGAAAUCCGGAAAAUGAGACUUGCUCGGAUCAUAUGUGAUAAUACCGAUCUCGUAGAAACGAUACAGCUUUAUCCAAUGAUUCUUCCUGAUCACGAAUUUAAUCCAAGAGUUCCAUGUAGAAGUGGGGUCUUACCAAGCAUUGACUUUAGCAAAUGGGCUGAAAUAGUUCCAAGCAAUCAAAAUAUUCCUUAUAUAAAUAAUUUAGCUGCACAUGUUUCCUACGCUACUUCGUAGCUCCCUACAUUUCAUCAUUAAUUACAAACAAUAGUAAUUUCUUAAUAUAAUUUGAUAAAAUCAAAAUAGUCAUAAAGCUUAAUCUUCAUCAAUCUCUAGAAAUUUUUUAUCUUUAAAAAUAAAUACAUCUCUACUUG